UACCAUUAUUAUACUUGUUACAUUUAGUCAUAAACUGCUAUAAUAGUUGACAUUUAGAUUGUUUUAGCAUAUUAAAUCAAGAGAUUUUUCCUCGUAUGGUUGUGAGGAGCGAUUUAUUUGAGAAACAGUGACGGUUAAAACAUGGGAAUUCUAGUUACAGUGUUGGUUCUAAUUGUGGUUCAUAUUCAAUAUAUAUCCAGCCAUCCUGGCGAAUUUUCUAAGAGAAGUGACAACUGUAGGUCGUAUUUCUACUAUGCUACGCAUGAUAUGUCUUGCAGGGAUAACGACAUGUUUAUGAUACGAAACGAUUUUAUAAGUGACGUCCGGGCGACCUGCAGUAGCGUGGCGCACAAAGACACCUACCUAGACUGCAUGAAAUCAAUAUCUACUGAAUGUCCACAGCAAUAUGCCGAGGUGGCCAAUUCUAUAAGAAAUAAGCUGAACAUGUUUUGUGAAGGUAAUGACGUAUCACAGUGGAUACAAUUAGUGGUUCCGGACGGGGUUUCCAUAAAUCGUACUUGUUCAGAAGGUCCCCUCGGCGAGUUGCACACCAGUUGUAUUAAGGAGUUCUAUGCUCAAAAUCAACUCGGCGACCGCAUAACAUCUUAUGAAACGGCAUCGGCAAUCAUUCCAAGGAUGAUGACCGAUGUAUUUAAUUGUAUGAAGACAAACCUGGCACUAACACCAGCACUGGUUAGCGGAUGUGGUAGUUCGUGGCAACACAUUCUGCUAGAAUUUUGGUUAAGAAUACUGUACUUUGGAAGCAUUUUUCAGGGGCCUUCCAAUGAAGAUAAACAAGAAUUUCUAAAUUUGGCACGUUCAUCAGUAGCAGAGAACCUUAUAUAGAACUACAGUAUAAUGACAUUAUACCUUGCAAGCUGGACUGAAUUAGCUUUAUAUUCUAAAAUAUUGUCUUUUAGUAUAGUCACUGAAUUAAAAAAAUGUUUAGGGUAGACUAUAAUCUAAAGCUUUCUAAAACAAAUAAAGAAAUGAUUGUUUAA